CAUCGCUGGUUAUAUUGCCUUGAGCCUCUCCCCCAGAAUGUAAAUCUGCACCGACCGUCUGCAUCUUAACCAGACCAUUGGGGCCACCGUCUUCGCAAGAAACACGACAAAGAUGGUCUUCAAAUCCGACUUCCCGGAUCUCCACAUCCCCAAAGUCAACGUGCUCGACUUCCUCUUCCCCAAAGGCGAGGCCAUCUCCGACCAGCCCGUGUGGCACGAUGCCAAAAACCCCAAGACCAACCUCUCACCCAAGCAACUCGUGCACUGGGUCAAGCGGCUGAGUCUAGGCCUGGACCGCUUGGGCGUGAAGCGCGGCGAGGUGUGCCUCAUCUACUCGCCCAACCACAUCUUCAUCCCCGUCUCCUACCUCGGCAUUGUGGGCGGGGGGCGCUGCUUCUCGGCGGUGAAUCCCAUUUACACGGUCAACGAGGUCGUGCAUCAGCUCAAGAACACCGAGGCGGUAUGUCUGUUUGCGCACCCGGAUAUGGUGGAGAAUGCCGUGGCGGCGGCGAAGCAGGCUGGCCUACCGAAGGAGCGGAUCUUCCAGUUCAGCGACCGGAGGUGCUCGCCGAGGAAUGGCGUUAAGGAUUGGUCUGCGAUGCUGGCGAGCGAUGCCGACGCGGAGAAGUACCGCUGGCCGGAGUUCAGCGCUGAGGAGUCUGUCAAGACUGUGGCCACGAUCAAUUAUUCGUCGGGCACGACUGGUCUUCCCAAAGGCGUGUGCAUCUCUCACCACUCGUUGAUCGCCAACGUGGAACAAACGGUCUUCAUGCGCUACUACCCAGGCCUCAAGAAGGGCGAGAAGCCGAAGGAGCGAUGGCUGAGUUUCCUACCCCUCUACCACGCCUAUGGCCAGCUCUACGCCAACCUGAUGGCCACACGCCUGCUCAUCCCCACCUACAUUAUGAAGGCUUUCGUGUACGUCGAUUUUUUGCAGCACAUCCAGGACUUCAAAAUCACGCAUCUGCAGGUCGCGCCCCCGAUUCUGGUGAUGAUGAACAAGCGGCCGGAGACGAAGAAGUACGAUCUCAGCAGUGUGCAGAGCGUACUGUGCGGUGCGGCCCCGCUGCCCAAGGAGCUGCAGGCUGCCGUUUCGCGGGAUUUCAAGGUGGGCAUUCAGCAAGGAUGGGGCCAGACGGAGGUUACUUGCGGCUCGAUUUUACAACUCGAUCCAUCCGACGACGGCAACGUCGGCAAGCUCAUCCCAAACACCGAGGCCAAACUCGUUGACGACGAGGGAAAGGAGGUUGGGUACGAUACGCCGGGCGAACUGUUUAUCCGCGCGCCGAACGUGUGUCUACGAUACUGGAAGAAUGAGCAAGCCACUAUAGACACGAUAUCAUCUGAUGGCUGGCUGGCCACGGGAGACGUAGCUGUGUGCAAUAAGGAUCAUCUGUUCUGGAUUGUCGACCGGAAGAAGGAGUUGAUCAAAGUCAAUGCCCUACAAGUGGCGCCCGCCGAACUCGAAGCCGUCCUCCUAGAGCACGACUCCAUCGCCGACGCGGCAGCAGUGGGCAUCAUACUGCACGACGAGGAGUGGCCGCGCGCGUACAUCGCGCUGCAAGAAGAAGCCAAGGGCAAGGUGACGGAGAAGGAGAUCCAGGAGUGGAUGAAGACGAAGGUGGCCAAGCACAAGCUGCUCGUGGGCGGGGUGAAGUUUGUGGACGAGGUGCCGAAGCUGGCGAGCGGCAAGAUCCAGCGCAAGUUGAUGCGUGAGUGGAGUAAGAGGGAUGCGCCGGAGGUGGAGAAGGCGAUGGGGUCGAAUGUGAGGGCGAAGUUGUAGACGGCCUCACUGUAGUCGAUCAAUAUUCCCCUCAUCCCAGAGGUGUCAGACGUGUCCAGCCUUGCCAGGCUGCAAUCUCCUCUCAGCGUCAUCCUCGCCACCGUAGGAGGCAGCAUGUGGCUGAUGCGAGAGGGGUGCUGCGCCACUUUCGCGCAUCAUGCAUGUCGGCAGGCGCGGAUGACGUACGUUGCGUUGCAGCU